AGUUGAAGUAGGCGCGCGGAGCCAAAGUCGUGCAGGCGCUCGGCUGUCCAGGCGCGUCAGAGCUCCAAUCAGGCUCUGGGACUCCUUACUCCUCAGACGUCCAAGCCCGGUUCUAGCUGCGCCGUGACUCUAAUUUUGUCAUCGCCUCCGUGAGGCCCCCAGGAGCAGCUAGUCCUGGAGCCGCCAUGCAUGUUUCAGUUGCCAGUGACCUUCGAGGAUGUGGCCGUGUACUUCUCCAAGGAAGAGUGGGAGUGUCUCAGCCUCAGGCAGAAGACCCUCUACCGGAACGUGAUGCUGGACAAUUUCAGGAGCCUGGUGGCACUGGGAUUUUGCGGCCCCAGACCCAACCUUGUCUCUCACCUGGAGCAGUGGGAUGAGCUGUGGGUUGAGGACUGUGAGAGUGCUGAGCUUCAGGAAUCACAGAGUGACUCCUGCCCAGGGACAAGAAAGCUGGCUGGCUAUAGGAGGCGCUACCGUCAGCCAACUUGGACUCACGAGAAAAUCCACCUGCAGGGAAGAGUCCCAAACACGCCCCCUACGAGUCGUACGCACUUUCCCAGAGCUGCUUCAGGGCAGAGGGCAGAUGAGCUUGUGGCUCUGCAGGAACAGGUGUAUGGUGAGUCCUGCAGGCAGCAGCCAGGCCUUGGGGAGCAACGCAAGGGUGGCACCAGAGCACAGGUGUUUAUCUGUGGCACAUGUGGGAAGGUACUGAGCUGCCACAGUCGGCUGGCAGCCCACCAGAUGGUGCAUUCUGGUGCCAGGUCCUUCUCGUGCCUCGAGUGUGGCCAGACCUUCCGCUGGGUCUCGAACCUUUUACGCCACCAGAGGAACCACACGAGUGAGAAGCCCUUCUGCUGUGAGCUGUGUGGACAGGCAUUCAGCCUGAAGGACCGUCUAGUGCAGCACCGCAAGGUGCACACGGGGCACCGGCCCUAUGAGUGUGGUGCCUGUGGUAAGGCCUUUAAACAGAAGUCUAACCUGUUGCGUCACCAGCUGGUGCACACUGGCGAGAGACCGUUCCACUGUGCCGUGUGCAGCAAGGACUUCCGCACCAAGGAGAACCUGCGCCACCACCAGCGGAUCCACAGUGGUGAGAAGCCCUACACCUGCUCUGAGUGUGGGAAGGCCUUCAGGUGGCCCAAGGGCUUCAGCAUCCAUCAGAGGCUGCACCUGACCAAGAGGGUCUACGAAUGCGAGCACUGUGGCAAGGGCUUUCGCCACCUGGGCUUCUUCACACGGCACCAGAGGACCCACGGGCAUGGCGAAGUAUAGAGGUGCCCGGGUCCAGCAGGGCUGUGCCCUGGCCAGAAGCUGGGCCACAAGGACACGUUGGGGCAACAGUUCUCAAAGAGGCCUUCUUGGUCCUUGGAACAACUGUUCAGAGCUUCCCAAGUCCCCCGAGUUCCACCAGGAAAAUGGCUGUCAAGGGAAGGCGAUCUGGAGUGCACCAGCGGAGCCACAGUGCUGUUUCGGGGUAGCCGGGGCCCAGAAUGGCCUGAGGCUAUGUGCGGCCCUGUGCGAGUGGACAGAAGCUGCUGGUGUUUUGCCCUCCCCAGCAACCAUGGUUCUCUGCUGAGGAAUCAAAUCCCGCCCUGAGUGUCACUCCUGUGCACUUUAACUUCCUUCCCUUGUUCUCUCCCCACCUGUGCUUUGUCCUAUUUGUCUUCCAUCUGGCCUAAGCAAGGCAGCUUUGAAUUGCACAGAAGUAAAGACCCUUCUGCAACUUCCACAGGGGGGACUUUGAAAUGAGCACCUUUGUAAUGUUGUAAGCCUUAAAGGACUAUGGAAAGAGAGACCUGAACUCGCAUUCAGGGUGUUUGACAGUGCACUGCAUGUGUGGGGAAAGUAUCCUAUGUGUGCAGGACAGUCACAAGUUUGUUAAAGCUACGUCCCUACAGGGCUGUUUUCUGGUGUGGUUUCUCAAACUGAAAUUGACUCUCAGGUUGUGUGUUUGGAAAAGUGGCGUUGCUUCUUCAUGUGUGCUUAUUAGGUUGUAAUUGAAAAGGCUGUUCCCAGGGUGGGUGGGGACCCCCGUGGGUCAUCUGAACAGCACUCUUACUUUAGGCACAGACCUCUGCCCUAGGGCAGAGCUGUCAGAGUGCUGACUGGAGGCAGCUGGAGCCCUUGCUCCUGGGUAUGUGGGCGAGGACUGUGCACCAGCCCUGCAUCCUCAUGGGGCCACGAGUCAUUGUGAUGCAGCCAGCUUGGGAUUGUUCAGCUGAGCCCUGGGCCCUGGUGCUUUAGGAAGCUUCAGGUGAUAGGCCCCCUUUGCCCAGCUCCCACAUGGUGUAGGCUUUACGUGGCACUGGGUAGGAAGUGCUGGGAGCUGGGUGGGUUUUAGAACAGCGCAAGGUGGCUGAGUUCACCACAGAGCAUUUUCUGGGGAAGAGGUGACCUCUUUGUCUUGAACUUGAGGUGUCACUGCUGAUCCAGCCAGAAAUAAGUUUGCCACAAAGCUCUUGGGCAGCUCUGUAUUCUGGAAGCAGUCGAGACUCCCAAGUACUUGUCCUGUCUCAGGUUAUCUGUAUAGCUCAUGAAGGAUUUUGCGUUGCCUUUUUAAGGAUUCCAGUUACCAAAAGCACAUGGCAUUAGAUAGGAGUUUAUAGGAAAUAAAGUGAGAAGUUCAGCCUGUCAAGCUGUACUGAACCAGACCCCGGGAAAGAUGCUACCAAAUGCCCAUUCCCAGUAAACCAGAGACAUGAAGUCAGUAGGACUGCGAGUGACCCUGAUUUGAACAGACCAGUUAUAACAAGGCAUUUUUCACAUUCAUUAAUUUAUUUUAGUCUUUGAGUCAGGGCUUCACUAUGCAGU